GUGGCAACGCUAGUUGAGUGUUGACGGCAAAUUUUGUUUACCUUUUUGUGCAAUUGAUGUUUAUUGACAAUUCGUAAAUUGUAUUACUCAAUAAUAAUAAUGACUGGUAAAUCAAAAGCAGAUUCGGAUGUGUCAACACCAGCAGAAAAACAUCAAACGAGUGAGGACGCGAAAGGAACCGCCAAAGUGGAUGAAUUAAUUUCGCUGGAAACCCUGCGUGAAUCGCCGGUACAAUGGCCAGAACGCUUUCCCGGCAUGGAAGAGUUUGUAACUAUGAGUGAUACACCAAUCCACAGACCAAGCGUUGACUGUAGCCAAAUCCCCACCAAAGUCAAUAUGGCUGCCAUUAACCAAUUCGCCCGUCUGCCGCCCGAACAGCUGGUGGAGAAGAUUAAAGCAAUGCACGAUCAAAUCUAUAGAUUAGGAUUACGAGAGUCCAAGGAAAUGACGCGUGGUAAAUUGCUGGGCAUCUUCGAUCGCGACCGGCUGACCAAAGCGAAAGCCCUGCGCAAUUGAUUACGACUGACUUACAAAU